ACAGUUUCUUUCACUAUUAGCAGAAACAUCAAAUUAGAGGAAGUGAGAGGAAGUCCAACCACAUGCUUACCAUAGAAGCCGGGUAGAAGUCAAUAAUAUAUCAUCGGUUAACCUAUGAAAGAUUUUGUGCUCUCAGCUUGCAUGACUGCACAUGCAAAUAUUCUGUGAAAAGUUUUUUUUUUAAAUCUGAUUUUAGUUGGGGAGGAAGGGUAUAUGCUAUAAACUGCUAUAAGUGGAUCCUCCGAGACUGAAGUGCUACUUCAAGAUGAACGCACAGACACUUCGGUGCUUGGUGUUCCUGGCAGUAAUAAAAGAGCUUUCCUGUAACCACAUACCCCCCUUCAAACUAGAAGGAAGUCCAGUGACUGCUAUAGAGGGGUCCUGCAUUGAAAUCCAGUGCAGGGUAACUAGGUUUGUCAAUGAUGAUGGUGCACACUGGUUUUGGAUCAAGGAUGCAAAAUACAAUAAUUCAAAGAACUAUUUUAUGGGCACUGUAAUUUACAGCUCAGCUAGCUCAGUACGUCCUGUAAAUGGAGACUAUGCUGACAGGGUGAACUAUACUGGCUCACAAUCUACAACUUGGAAGCAGCCUUCAACAAAGCCAGUGUGCAGCAUUUUAAUCUGCAACCUGAGCAAAUCUGACAAUGGGAAUUAUUCUCUCAGAUUUGUAGGAAAACCUCCAGCUGAAAAAUGGAAAACUGAACCAGAUUUGGUCCUAACAGUAACAGAGAACCCAUGUCCAAUCACUUUUGAGAAACCACCUGUUGUAAUUGAAAACAGUACGAUCUCACUCAGAUGCUCCACUCUAAGUUCGUGUCCUUCAGACCUCAAAAUUGAAGGAUUGCCAGGAGGGCCCUUCACAUCAGCUUUACAACCGGAGGGAAACCAGAAAAUUGUGUCUCACAGUUUUUCAGCGAACUGGCAGCAUGAUGGGAAAGAAUUAUCAUGUCAAACAAAAGAUAACACGGAUGCCAGUUUGAUCCGGAAAAUCAGUUUGACUGUUGAAUAUGCUCCAAAGGAAACACAAGGAACAUGUUUUCCAGUCGGAGGCAUAGUCAGAGAAGGUCAAUCUGUUACUCUCACUUGCUCGGCCAAAGGACACCCUGAUCCCACUUUUACCUGGUUUAAAAAUGAACAAAAGCAUCCAGGGGCAGAAUGGAAGUCCAGCUCAAUACGUGCCUCAGAAAGUGGAGAAUACCACUGUGUAGCUGAAAACAAACAUGGCAAACCAAAGUCACAUCCAGUCUGGAUUGAUGUUCAGUAUACGCCUGAAGUUGAGGUGAAGACUUCAAAGACUUCAUCUCCUUACACUUUUACACAAGGAGAGUGGAUAACUUUAACAUGCUCCGUCAUUCGAAGCAAUCCAAAACCUAAUUCCUUUGUUUGGUUAAAAAAUGAUGCCCCUAUGGAGCAGUGGCUUCAGACAGUUGAAAAAAAUAUUAUGCCUGAUGACACUGGUUUCUACAAAUGUCAAGCCACCAACAGAGUUGGUACUGGAACAUCAGCUCCACUUGAUAUUACAGUUAGAUACAGCCCAAGGAAUACACACAUUUCCAUCAGUGAAAAGGAUACCAAAGUGAAAGUGGGUCAAUCUCUGACAUUUAUUUGUAUUACUGAUGCCUAUCCUUCCCCGACAAACUACUCCUGGUACAUAGAGACUGACUCCUCACAGUCCAAGUCCUGUGCAACUGAUCAGAACAGUCUACGAUUGGAGAGUGUGAACAGAACAAAUGAAGCAUGUUAUAAGUGCAACGCCACCAACGACAUCGGUACGGGGAAAAAUAGCCGACCUGUGUGCAUACAAGUUCUCUAUCAGCCGACCAUCCCAAAGUUGUCCAUGGUUGAUGUUGUCAGUGAAGGUCAUCCCACCACCAUCACCUGCACUGUCGAAAGCUUCCCCCCAUCACAGCUCACCUUGAAGAGGACCCAACCAUCAAACCCUAAGUCUCCAGCAUUUGUUUUCACUCAUCAGUACAACUAUCUUGAAUUCACAUUUAAUGUCACUUCAGCCCACAGAGGCUUUUACACCUGCGAGGCAAAGAACAGCAUCGGUUCGAACAAAAGCGUGACAAAGGAGUUGGUGGUGAAAUACCAUCCCGAAGACGUGAAAGUACAAGCUCACCCGGAUGUUGAAGUUAAUGAAAACACCUUGUUGACACUGAACUGCACUGCCCACUCCCACCCACCAGUGACCUCUGUCACCUGGACCAAGACGACACAUGGGAAGAGUGAGAUCAUCAGGGGGAACAGGACCUUCACUGUAAAGUCUGUCAGCCCCUCUGAUGGGGGACUUUACAGCUGUGCAGCCACUAAUGAAAUGGGAACCGUAAAAUCACAGCAAGCUGAAAUCAAAGUCAAGUAUGCUCCAAAACAGACCAAGAUCAUAAAAGGAGCAGAGCAGCAGGGCCGUUAUGGGACGAAAUAUGUGACGCUGAGCUGCAGCAGUCACAGCUACCCUCCAGUCACACACUUCGAAUGGUACAAGAAAAUAGAGGCAGAGAAAAGGGAUGAAAAAGUGUCUGAUCAUCAGACCUACACCGUGUUUUCAGACAAACCGGGAGUCUACUACUGCAUCGCAAAGAAUGAAAUCAAUCAAAAGUCCUCUGACCCUGUCCAGAUGUUUGUUGACCGGGUCUUUGUGAAGGUCUUGAUCAUCGUCUUCUUUCUGAUCAUGCUCGUCGUGAUAGUCAUUUUCUUUGUCUACAGGCACAAGAGGAACAAAUCUAUUGAAAGAGGACAUGGAAACACUCCGCUCCAUCAUCUGUAUAAGCCAAUUCAGGGUUUGUGGAAUGGCGCCAGAAGAAGGAAUUCGAUGACAGAUCCCGUCAUGGCAGAGCCUUCAAGGAGCAGAGAUGACCUCCAGCAAAGACGUCCCUGUCCAGACAACACACCGGCGUCCAACAUCAACGGAAUUUACUGCACUGUGAAUCAUCCUGCACAAAAUCAGUCUGCAUCUGCUCAGGGUCCUUCUGGAGCGAUGCCAACCAAACAGAAAGCUGGACUCACACAGGACGAAUCUCUGAACUACGCUUCUUUACACUUUGGAAAGAGGCAAAAGAACGAAUGGGCAAAAGCAGAAGUGGAUGUUGUGUAUGCUAUGGUGACCAAGAAAAAUCCAACCCUAAAGAAACAAGAGAACCUUCAAGACUACGAGAAUACAAAGACAGCAAAUGGGGCCAGAUCUCAGACUCCACCAAACAAUGACUCAGACACCAGUGAGGAUGAAGGAGAGCUCAAUUAUUCCCAAGUGAGUUUCAAGGCAAAGCCUGGACAUCAGCAAGCCUACAAAGACUCCAGUACCUCUGAUGAAGAAGAGACCCAGUACUCGGAUGUCAAAUUCUGAGUUUAAGUAUUCUUAUCCUACCUUCCCUGUACAAAUGCCUUCUUUAUUAGCCAUGAAAAACAUUUUCAGAAUUAAUCACUAGGUUUUGUUUCUUAAGUGAGGCUUUAUCGCUGUUCUUGAAAUGUUUUGCUCCUUUAAUAUUAUUUGUUAGUGGUAAUUGUAAUAUUUUUUUGUGCUUUAUAAGUGUGUGUAACAGGUAGAAAACUGAAGGAAUAAAACUGAUUAGCGAACUGAACUCAAAUAAUAGGGAAUAAUAAUUGUAUUAAACAUCGCACAAACAGUAAGGAAAUUUGUGUUUGGUAUUGGCAGAGAAGAUUUGGCAAGUUUUUCAUGGGCUUAACCCACAUACUCAGCUCUGCUGCUCAUCCCACAAAUGCAUGUUCCUUACAAAUGUGGCACCAUUUAAAAGGGAAAUAAACAGGCUUUCCAACCGUAUAUGAUUUAUUGCCAAGAAGCAUUGUUACAACAAAGAAAUAAUCUACCAAACAGAAAUUUCCUUAAUUUUUGUGUGAUGUUUAUAUAUUUGUUCAAUCUCUUGAAUUACAGAGUUUUUGUGUUGACAUGGCUGUAAUGGUGUUACACUGUGUAGCAGUUGGCUGGUGUCUGAAUUAUGCAAGUGGAAACCAUAUGUUAAAGCAUAAUGAUCAUACCAAGAAACUAAGCUAUUCAUGGUCCCACUCUACAUACAUAAAAACAAAAUGUUGAUUAAAAGGGGCUGAUUAAAAUGGCAUAUCUCUCUGGUAGUAAACCACAUUAAAGAACAUACUGUAGGUCAUGAGUUUAGAGAGAACAAAUUGAAGGUUCAUCCAAAGCAUGCUGAUAGGCUUAUCUAUGUAAUGAGCUAACUAUCAUCUGUGUGUUUUUCAAGUCUGUUUAAAGUUUUUUGGUUAGUCUUUGCAGUUUGUUUCUCAGUCAAGAUAAAGGAUGACAAUGAAAUCAGUUAAAGUAGCAAAAGUUAAGAUCCAAACUAAAAGCCUCAGGUGAGUGGCACCAGUCACUUUGAAUAAAGUCGCCUGCAGUGCAGCUGCUACCUCCGAUGCUGCAAACUCAAAACGGUCGUUCUGCUCAGCUGUGCUACCUGCUGAAAACCAAAGCAGGACGAGGUAAAGUCCUGCAUCUUUUUGAAGCCCAGAAUCAUUUCUCUUCAGAAUUCUAUUUCACUGACCUUUUCUAUCAGACCCUCAGUGUCAUUCUCUUGUCCCAAAUUACCGUCAGUCACAGUCUGUUCUUCCUUUGCAUCUCCUUCGUUGUUUUCUUCAGAGUGCGGACGAGUCUCUGCAUACUCUGACAUCUUGGAGGCCAGUCCUCUGAUCUCCCCUUCUUCAGGCUGAUCCUCUGAGUUGGCCUGGAGUUUAUCAAAGUCCAUGUUGGCAUAGAGAAGAGGGUUCUCCUUUACCACUCCUUCCUCCAUGAUGGCGUUAUUGAUAUAAAUCACAUCCACCUGUAAAGAGUUGGUCUGCAGGCAAACAAAGAUUGACUUUAGCACGGAAGAAAAGAGAUUGUAUUUCCUUCCCUCAAAACAUCCUUCCAUCCAUUGUCUGGAUGGGCCACAGUGGUAGCAGGCUGAGCAAGUAAGCUCAGACGUUCCUCUGCCCUCCAACGUAAUCAGCUCCACAUGGGGAUCUUUUGGACAUACUGAGGGGUUCCAAGUCCAGAUGAGCUAGGGAACCUCCCCAGAAUCCUUAUUGGGAUAUAUUUUAAGUAUUUAGUAUUUGUUUUUUCUACCUGUGCAUGUAUGCAUUUGCACCUGCACAUAUGUGUUUGUGAAUGUGUUUGUUUAUGAAUUUUGAAAAAAGUACAUUUUUAGAGGGAUUAAGUUGUA